AUGAGGAUUGCGACGUUACAGAUCGCCUCGAGGUUGGGCAAUGUCGAGGGGAAUAUCAAGCGGGCUGAUGAGCUGUUGAGUAAGGGGAUAAGCAUUCCCGACGGAUUCGGAGGAGAGGGCGCAAGGGUUCGUGUCGAAGAUGCGAAGCUAGAUAUUUUGGUCUUGUCUGAGCUGGCCCUGACAGGAUACAACUUCCCCUCCCUGGAAGCCAUAAAGCCAUACCUUGAACCAGCAGGUCAAGGACCCUCAGCCGCCUGGGCCCGCAAGACAGCCAAACAGCUCGGCUGCAAAGUCUGCGUCGGGUACCCCGAGGUCGAGGUUACCAAUAACAACGGACAGCGCGAAGAGAAAUACUACAACUCCCUUCUCGUCCUCGACGAACAAGGAAACACCCUCCUAAACUACCGCAAGACCUUCCUCUACUACACCGACGAGACAUGGGCCAGCGAAGGGUCCGCCGAGCUCGGAUUCCACCAGCUCACGUUCCCGUCGCCAGGGGAUAAAAGCCCCAGCUCAUCAAAAGCCAAAGCCAGAGUCCGAGCCAGAGCCGACGGCGAAGCCGCAAUCCUCCCACCCGCACCCGCAACGCAAAACAAAACAGGCAACGAAAUCGCCACGUCCUUCGGCAUCUGCAUGGACAUCAACCCCUACCGCUUCGAAGCACCCUACACAGCCUACGAAUUCGCGCACCGCGUCCUCGACUCGAACUCCCAACUCGUCAUCCUCUCAAUGGCCUGGCUCACGCUGCUCAGCCGCGAGGAACUCGAUGCCCUGGGCAACAAGCCCGAACUCGAUACUUUCAACUACUGGGUCCAGCGAUUCAUGCCGCUGAUCCGGAAACAGAUGGGCCAUGCCAGGAAUGCUGAUGCGAGUGUGGACGCAGAUGCAGACGCAGAGACCGAGACCGAGAAGAAUAUCAUCAUCGUCUUUGCGAACCGCGCGGGUGAAGAGGAUGGGGCGCCCUCGCCUGCUCGGUACGCGGGGACUAGUACGAUCGUUGCUGUUUCUCAGCGGCAGCGGGGGGGUCCUGCAGGAUUGGGAAGCAGUGGGUCGUCGUCAGAUGAUGAGAUGGCGCGGGCUCCGCCCCUGGAUGUUAAAAUCCUCUGCUGGGAUAUGCUUGGUGCGACGGAGGAGGGGCUCUGUUUUGCAGAUACGGCGGCUGAUCCGAGGAUGGUGUUUCAGUUGGUAAGGGCGGGGGAUAGAUAG